AUGUACACUGCCCCUACUGCUCAACCUCAACCUCCUUUCCAACAGCCCUAUCAGAAUGGUUAUGUCCAACCUCAAUAUCCUGCGGUAGUGGCAUAUCCUCAACCUCCGUACCAGCCUGCUCCUACCCCUGUGGCAUAUGGAGCUCAGCAAUAUCAGCAAUCUUAUGCUGCUACAUCACAGAACGGACCUCCUUUGAAAAAGCAAAAGGGAAAUCCUGUCAUCACACGCUAUCCUCCCCCGCCUGGCUAUAAACAGCAGCCUACCUAUACUGCGGCUUCAUACACAGCACCGGCUUAUCCUACACAUACUCCAGCACCUCAAACAGCUUACCCUCAGGCGGCAUAUCAAGGAUAUCAACCUCCGGUCACCACAGCAUAUCCUCCGACGACUUAUCCUGCUCAAGUGGUGUAUGAUCCCAAUCAAGCUUACCAGCAGCCACCGUAUCAACCGCCACAGGCCGCACAGCCUUAUGCUGUCGCAGCACCAGUAUCGUCGUAUCCUGUGCCCGCCUCUGCAUAUCCACCCCAAGAGCAUUCGGGCUACUAUGAUGCGAAUGGUGCCUACGUAGCGGCGCCUCCUGCCCAACCAACCCCGUACGCGGAUGCUUCUGCCUAUCCUCCCCCUCUGAGUGAAGACGGGUAUGCUGCAUCGCAUACACGACAGUCUAGUCUUGACUUUGGCCUUGACUUUGAUUUUGAUGGCGAAGCUGGCGUACCGGCUGAGGAGGUCGUGCCAGAGCUGAGCCUCGGUCUAAUCACAUGGCAUCCAGCUCUACCUACCACCAAGCCCUUACCGUCCAAUUUCGAGGAAGCUGGACCAAAAUGGACUGAAACGGCCAAGGCCAUUGAAGGGUCACACAUCAGUGUUACAUCUGAGUUCUUCCCUGACGAUAUGUCUGUUGACAUCAGACUCAGUGUGCGAGACACAGACGAGUGGCAGAAGGUCAAGGAUGACCUUAUCUUUGUCGAAUUCGAAAAGACAGCUGUGACAGUACCGCUUCUUACUGUCAUCGCUAACCGCGACCGUCCGGAUCCUGUUAUCGAGCAGUUGGAGCCCGUCAUUCAGCACAAGGAUGAUAUGCCAGAGGUCUCGCAUCCAUCACAGGUGCAGCAAUCUAUUGCAGGAGCAGAUGACGAGCAGUCGGACGGAGACCAAGCCAUGGACAUGAGCGACGAUGAUGACGAGCCUGUGAAGCCUGUCAUCCAGCCAACCAUCCAGCCUCUUGCUCAUCCCUUGCCGCGACCAGUGACACAAUCAGCUCCACCUGUGAAGCAGGUCACCAUCCUUGACUCUCUUGAGCUGGCUCUCGGCCCCAAGUCGCCUCGAAAGAAUGACAGACAAACAUCCCGAUCUGCUCGUUACUCAAGGUCGCGAUCGCCCGAGAAGCGCAGCAGACAGGGCUCUCAGCAGCCUAAGGCCAAGCCUGCUCCCCUUCCCAAGGAUACAGCACAGGAAAAUAUCUUGGCGGCACUCGGUGUCGAGGGUUCACCGAAGAUGGUGUAUCCCACCCCACCUCCUGCACUAGGCUUGCCAGUGCCCCCAGGCAACCGCAAAAAAAUCACUCCUCCUGGCGGCUUUGCGCCUCCAACUGGACGUUUCGCAUACGGUCCUCAGUUUCCCCCUCCUCCACCACCUCGUGAAAGCCGUUCACCUUCCUUCGAUCCAUGGCGUGCACACGACCCCGCCAGCCCCAAGUCUACUACCUCUCAGCACACAGCGGCUGGUUCAGACUUUCAUGGUGACGAUGCCAUGGACAUGGAUGCUACCCCUAAAGCCAAAGUACCAGUCGCCGCUGAGAAAUCAGGCAGUGGCAGGAAGCGUCCUUAUGAAGAAGUUUCUGCUACUGAAGGCGGACGCCGCAGACAGGAUGACGAUACUCCCCGAGCACGACGCAUGCGACAGAGUAGACAAGACGUCUACAGCCGUUACCGCCGGUAA